AUGGAUUCAUCGCUACAUGAGGUCUGGCUAGCUGCUGCUGGCAGUCCAUUUCUCCCCACCAUUGGCAAAAGCAGCCAAUUCCUCGUUGGCUUCGUUCUGCUCCUUUUGGGAGUCACUGCUACUGGUGUCUUUGCAUUGAACCGUUCACUAGUCAACGUGUUCACAGUAGGCAUCCCGGCAUCUCUGGCGUUGGCAUACGGUGUUGUAUACAUGUUCUGCGCGGUCGGAGUCAACUCUCGCAUCAUGUCAGAUAAGCAGCCAAUCCUCCGCGCCGUGGCGACGUCAACGCGCCCGCUUUACCAGCUUCUGCGAUGCAUCAACUUCUCUCCAAAAGUUCACGUCCAAAUCACCGAAGAAGGACUCCGUUUCGCGGCGGACCACGCGAAGGUAAUGCAGGGGGUCGCAUUUCUCAACAAAUCACUCUUCUCAUCAUACUCUGUCAAUUUGCCCCCUGCGGAAGACGGCUCGCCGACAGAACUUCCAAAUUUUCAGAUACCGCUUUCAUCCUUUCUCGAAAUCCUUCAAAUCUUUGGGGCCGUGGAUGUCGCGGCGCGUGCUCAAAAGGCUGAACAAGACCCAUACCGAAGUAAUUUGAGGAACUAUCGCCCAGAUGCGUUCAGUAACCAGACGCUGGGCAUAUCUGGAACGUGCACUCUGCUCUAUGGGGAAGAAGGCGAUCCAUUCAAGGUGAUGAUUGAGGAAUCGGGGGUUCAAACCACAGCUGGGCUCACGACAUAUUUACCCGAGAUAACAGACGACAUACCUCUCGAUCGAGAUGAUAUCUGUUUCAAAAUUAUCAUGCAGUCGCGCUCACUGCUAGAUUCCCUGGCAGAAAUUUCGCCUACUGCUCCAAUGAAGCUAUCUAUCACAACGUCAAAAACAACACCCUACCUGUCGUUUAGUGGCAAAGGCGACUUGGGUAGCUCGGAUGUGGAUUUUGCCCGGGGUAGAGAGCUACUGGAGACGUUCAGCAUUAGAGACAAAUGGACGCAAUCCUACAAGUUUGACUUUAUCAAGAACUCGACGGAGGCCAUGCGCAUUGCGAACAAGGUCAGCUUACGAGGCGACGGGCAAGGAGUUCUUAGUCUACAGUUCCUUGUUGAUAUUGAGGGAGGUAAGCGGAGCUUUUUGGACUUUCGGUUCGUUCCGUUUGCGACUCUUGACGACGAAGAAGAGGACGAGGAAGACGAUGACAUGGGCGACGAGCAAGAGCUCGUCCCUGUCAGCUCCGACCAAUAUAUUGAAUUGCGAGUCGCCAAGAAGACAAAUCACGCAGGUCCAGAACAAGAAGCGGAACAGCAAGGGAGCGCGGCCUUUUAUUAUCUGCUGGCCGUAUCUCUUUCCCCGUUCGUUUCCGGUAGGAUACGAAAACAGACACCCGGCAAUAUGGACUCUUCCUUGAGCGUUGUGCUGCACAGAGCCACGACAAACUUGACACAACAUCAGCCGUCGGGACUUCGUACCUGGUCAGAACAUGUUAUGUCUGGUGCGUCAAUGUGGUUCAAAACAUGCAUGGGAAUCCGCAAGCCGUCGCGGCAUCCCGCCAAGUCCACGGCCGCAGACGACACCGCUCUACCUUUGGAGAAACAGACGGCGAUUCCAACGAAACCGAGAAUGCCGCAGCAUGCAGCUGCUUCUUUCUUGAAGACUGGAACUUCUCGUUCAAUAAGAGAAGCUAAUUAUAUUAUUUGA